AUAUAGGCAUCGUUAACAAACACAAACUGCCGAAAUGUUUAUUUAAGGCAAAUGUUACGCAGUUACUUUUCGGCCCACAAACAGCACAACAAACAUAAGAUCCGAUUCCAAACUGCAACUGCAACUGCGGACGCUGUCUUCGUAUAAGUUGUGCCCCAAUGGGCCGCAAAUUAAAAAUAGUGAGCAUUAGACGAGCGCAACAACAACAACAACAACAACAACAGCAGCAGCAGCAGCAGCAGCAAAAGGCGCAGCGUCUGGAAAUGUCAAGAGUGCGUCGACAUUGCAUGUUGACAGUGGAAAUGCAACGGCAAACGUCAACGCCGACGUCGGCAGAACUAUUACCGAGUUCCAUGUAACGUCAACAGCGCGCGCGCGCGCCACACCUCCCCCGCACCCCGUAGACAGACGCACACAGAAUCGUUGCAGGGGGCCAGCAAAUGGAGUUGCCCAUAAAUGGGGGAAGUUGCGUGCGCAUCUAUCGUUUGGGGUCCACUUCCGUCUUCGCCUUCUCUCUCUCUCUCACUCUGUUUGCUGUCUGCAAUUGCCUGGCUACCAGACGUGUGCGCUGCCAGAUUUGUGUUGAAACAAUUUCACAUUGCUUUGGCAUUAAGAAGCAUUAAAGCUAUAGGCUUAUCAUUUACAAGCUCGCACCUUAAAGAUACACAAAGCGCAGGAAACUUGCACACGGAGCGGAGUUGAGCAGAGCAGAGCAGAGCAGAGCGGAGCAGCGCGGAGCUGAGUUCAUUUCCGCUGGCGCUGGGCCUUCAGGCUGUCAUUUUAGGGCAUUUUUAUGAAUUGCUGACCCAAUGUCAAUGGCCACAAUGCAGCUGCAGUCAAUGGACGUGGAGCAGCUGGUGGAGCUGGAGACGCCACCGCUGCCCAUACAGCCGCCCCCGAACAUCAAUGCCAGCGGCAUUGUCUACGGCUUUCGCACACGCCACUUGUCCUGCAUCGAGGAGAACGAUUCGGACUCCCUGCACGGUUCAUCCAUACCGCGUGCCUACGAUCUGAUGCAGCAGGCAGAUGAAACCUUUCAGAAGCUAAGCGCUGGGCAACGUUACGCAGCUGAAGAGGACGAAGGCGAGGAGGAGGUGGAUGAUGAGGAGGCCGAAGCGGAGCAGGAAACCGACGAUGAUGAUGCGCUGGACACGAUUGCCAUGAUUGAUGAGUCACGUCUGUGUGAUGCCGACUAUCUGGACGAACUGAUUGCCGUGGAGCAAACGGAGCAAACAGAGCUGGCCGACUCUGGCAAUGUGGAGGAGGAGGACUUCUGGCAGCCGAACUUCAAUCGCAACGACAUCAUGAUGACCUCUUGCUAUGGCACACUGAACAGCUCCUUUGGCAGCGACAUGUCGGCCGUCGCAACGACGCCCAAGAAGGCGCCCGAGCCUCUAUAUGCCACGCCCGAGAAACGACGCGAGCAAAAUCGCAGCUUCGACUCAACCUGCGCCUCGCAGACCAGCUCCAUUUAUGGCGGCUCCAUGAAUUCCUCACUGGAUCUCAAGUACAUGAUGAGCGUGUCGCUGAGCGCCGCCGGCGCCAAUGUUGGCCUCAACGGCACGAGCACAUUGCGUGGCGCCUCAGUGCCACCUAUGGAUCUAUCGCUUAUCUCGAGCGACGGUGUCAGCGCCCUAGACUGGAGCUCCGCCAGCGUCACUUGUGUGCUCGACACGGGUGACGGCAAUCCCGCCGAGGAGCUGGACGAGCAAACUGCAGCGAAGUGCAUAAGUGCAGCCGAGAGCGAUCUUCAAUCGAUUCGACGGCUCUUGGAACACGAUGCCAGCGGCUCGGUCUGCCCCUCGUGCCGCAUCUCCUUCGAUAAGGGCAAGCGACGGAAACUGAUCGACACCUGCGGACACGAACGCUGCUAUUCCUGUAUGUUCCGCAACGAUCAGUGCCCCAUGUGCAUGAACAGCUCGCUGAAAGAUGUUGAUGGCGCCAAUGCUCAGGGCUAUGACACCGGCAUCGGGGGCUCCACAUCGACGAUUGUCAGUCCGUUGGGCUCCCCUCAGCCGCAGCUGAGAUCCCAUGCGCAGCGGAACGCGGCUCUGGCGCGUUAUAUGCAGCAGCAUCGUCAGGAGUCGCAGUCGCCGGACUAUCAACGAUAUGCGAGCAUUGGCAAAUUGCCGCGUGCAACGGGCAAUGCCAAUGGCAACAGCCAUGGGAUCGCUGGCAACACACACACCGUCACCGUGGACAUACACCAGCACAGUGGCCCGGCCAAGCAGCAGCAGCAGCAGCAGCAGCAGCAACACACAACUGGCAACAACAACAGCAACAAUAUGCAUUUGGCGUACUGCGAUCUGAAUGGGGCUCCGGCAUUUGCCACGCCGCCAACGCGUCGGCGUUUCUUCAAUCACAAGAAUCUGCGCAGCGCGCUAACCGGACAUCGACGCACUGCCUCCAAUGGUGGCUGUCCGCUGGACACAGCAUCGAUGCUGUCGGGCGGCAGCGACACCUUGGGCAUCGAGCACCAUCCGCACUCGUUGCUGCAGCAGAAGGAUCAGUUGCGCGCCCGCCUGGGCCUGUUGCUGAACGACAACAACAACAGCAACAGCAACACGAACACCAACACAACCACGAGCAGCAGCAGCAGCAGCAGCAGCGGAGGUGGCGGCGGCGGCGACCACAAUGGAAACUCGACGAUGCAGUCGACCAGCAUCUCGAGCAGCGCCGGGGUCAACACCACGGCGAACAGCAGCAGCGGCAAUGGAAGCGUCAGCGGCAGCUCCUCGCAGCACAUCAGUCCGGAGUCGCAGCUGGCCAGCGUCGGGCUGAGCGGCAGUCAGCUGUCGGUGGCCACCUCCCACAAAGACGACGCGCUGAGCCUGUGCGGCAAAUUCAAGAUGGGCUGCGCCCUGCAGGAUAAUCCCUACGAGCCUUUGCCGCUGCCAGUGCCGGGCAAGAUGCGCAAGGGCGCCGCACGGCGUUCCACGCGCGCCCAACAGUUGCCCGCGGGCACGGCAGCCGGAGCAGCCGGAACGGGCGGCGCCGUCAAUAAGCGUGCGGCGGCAGCAGCGGCCUUGGCGGCAGUGCAGCUGGCGCUGAAGCCGCUGUUCUUUGAGGUGCCGCUGCAGGAGCCCGAUCCGCCGUAUGUGGGCCGGCAGUGGCUGGUGCAGCAGCUGGCAAACAUACUGCUGGGCACGGAGACGCGCGUGGUGCUCAUCAAUGGGCAGCCGGGCACGGGCAAGACCGCCUUCUGUCUGCAGCUGGUGGAGUACUCGUGCUUUGGACGGCGCCAGAUGCAGGCGCAACAGCAGGAGGAUGCGGAUGCCAUCUAUAGCCAGCUGGGCGCACAGAACGAGCGCAUGCGCGGCCUGGCCUCGCACAUGGUCGGCUAUCACUUCUGUCAGGCGGACGCGAAUCUCACCUGCCAGGUGCCGGACUUUGUGCACUCGCUGGCCGCCCAGCUCUGCCAGGCGCCGCAGCUGACAGCUUACCGUGACUAUCUGCUCUCAGAGCCGCAUCUCCAGGACAUACUCAGCGUGCGUGAGUGCAUUGCGGAUGCGGAGCGUGUGAUGCGCCUGGCCAUACUGGAGCCGCUCGCUCAGCUGCAUCGCGCUGGCAAAAUACCCGCCAAGGUGGCCGUCAUUUUGGUGGAUGCGCUGUGCGAGGCUGAGUACCAUCGGCCGGAUCAUGGCCAUACCAUAGCCAGCUUCCUGGCACAGCUGUCGCCGCAUUUUCCCGCCUGGCUCAAGCUGGUCGCCACGGUGCGCACCCAAAUGCUGGAGCUGGUCAAGGCACCCAGCUAUACGCAGCUCACGCUCGACAGCUGGGCCAGCAGCCAGGCCCUGCAGCAGGACAUGCUGGACUACAUCAAUGCACGCAUCGCCCACUGUCCGGAGAUUCAGCACAAUAUUGGCGGCCAGCUGGCCCAGUCGCAGGCCAAGUUCGUGUCGCAUCUGCAGUCGCUGAGUCGCGGCUCCAUGCUGUAUGCCAAGCUCAUACUGGAUCUGAUCUCGCGCGGCCAGCUGGUAAUUAAAUCCUCCAGCUACAAGGUGCUGCCUGUCUCGCUGGCCCAGAUCUUUCUGCUGCACUUCAAUUUGCGCUUUCCCACGGCGCGCAGCUUUGAGCAGACGGCGCCCAUACUCAACGUUUGCCUGGCCGCACUCUAUCCGCUCACGCUGGACGAGAUCUACUAUAGCAUGGAGGCACUGCAGCAUGGCCAGGAGCCGCUCAGCUGGCCGCAGUUCAUGCAGCGCUUCAAGCUGCUCGACGGCUUCCUCAUCAAGCGGCUGGACAACACGUACAUGUUCUUUCACAGCUCGCUGCGCGAGUGGCUCAUGCGCCGGGAUGAGGGCGAGUCCAGCAAGUUUCUCUGCGACGCCCGGCUGGGCCAUGCGGGCAUCGCCUUCCGGCUCUCUCGCCUGCAGGCGCCGCUCCAACCGCAGCUAACGCUCGAACUGGGGCAUCACAUGCUCAAGGCGCAUCUCUAUAGCAGCAGCCAGGCGGCGCUCUCGCCGCGUGAUCUGCAAUCCUAUUGGCUGGCCGGCGCCGCCGACAACAUCUCUGCCGCCUUGGGCGCACUGCGCAACGUCUACAGUCCCAAUGUGAAGGUGUCCCGGCUGGUGCUGCUCGCCGGCGCUUCGCCGGAUCAUCGCACCGACUAUAUGGGCGAUGCGCCCAUUUUAUGCAUUGCCGCCCACGAGGGCAUCCUGCCCAUGGUGAGCCUGCUGCUGGAGUUUGGCGCCGAUGUCGGUCUGACCAAUAGCCAGGGCUGCACGCCCCUAAUACUGGCCGCAAUGCGCGGCCACUGCGAUGUGGUGCGCCGCCUAGUUGCCGCCGGCAGCAGCCUGGGUCAGCUGGACACGACGCAACGCUGCGCUCUAGUCCAUGCCGCACGCAUGGGUCAUCUCAGUGUAGUGCAGUAUCUGCUGGCCUGCGACUGGUCGCCGCGCCCCCGCUCCCAGGAUGUGGGCCGUUCGCUGGCUCUGCAGCAGGCGCUCAUUGGUGCGGCUGCGCAGGCGCAUGUUAAAAUACUCGAGGAUCUGCUGGAUCUCAACGAGCACGAACUGGACGACCUGAGCGUCAAUGUGAACGGCCUGGAGCCGAGCAGCGGCGAGCUGGCGCUGACAGCAGCCGCACGACACGGCUGCACGGAUGCGGUCAACAUUUUGAUGUCGCGUGGCGCCCAAAUCGAUGCACGGAAUCGUCAGGGCUAUACGGCUCUCUGGCUGGCCGUCAAGGAGGGCCAUUGGAGCGUGGUGGAGCAGCUGCUGCAGCGCGGCGCAUUGCUCGACGAGCCGCUGGGUCAGGCACGCAAAACGCCGCUGAUGAUCGCCGCCGAGGAGGGACAUCUGGAGCUGCUGGAAUUGCUGCUGGCACGUGGCGCCACAUUGGAGGCCGAGGAUCAUGAGGGUUUCACUGCACUCAGCUGGGCGUGCCUGCGUGGCCAUUUGGCAGCGGCCAGGUGCCUUAUCGAGCACGGCUGCAAUCGGCAGCACGAGGAUCACAAGGGACGCACCGCCUUGGAUCUGGCUGCGUAUCAGGGCGCGGCCAGUCUGGUGCUCUAUUUGCUGGAGCAGGGCGCCAAUCUGGAGCACAUCGAUGUGCACGGGAUGCGGCCGCUAGAUCGUUCCAUCGCCUGCCGCAACAUACAGGCGGUGCAGGUGUUUCUGCGCAAGGGCGCCAAGCUGGGACCCACCACAUGGAGCAUGGCCAUGGGUAAGCCGGAGAUUCUGGUGGUGCUGCUCAACAAAUUGCUCGAGGAUGGCAAUGUGCUGUACCGCAAAAAUCGCUUCCAGGACGCCGCCCAUCGCUAUCAGUAUGCGCUACGCAAGAUCUCCGGCCUGGAGCAGCUGCUCGAGCGGAAUGCCGUAUUUGCCCAGCUACGCACGAAUCUGCUGCUGAAUCUGUCGCGCUGCAAGCGAAAACUGAAUGAACUUGACGCCUCCAUAGAUUUGGCCACGCAGGCCAUACUGCAGAAGCCGCACAGCUACGAGGGCUACUAUGCCCGGGCCAAGGCGCGCAUGGAGCUGGGCGCACUUAAUGAGGCGCUUGUCGAUGCCAACGAGGCCAUGCAACAGGCGGCCCAAAGUGGUGUCCUCUGCGAAGUCGUAGAAGUCCUGAAGCGUAUCCAAGCCGAGCUCCUCACGCGCAUCACCAGCGAGGAUCAAUGCGCUGGCAAGCUGGCCAGCGCCGGAGUCGGGGUCGGGGUCGGAAUCGGAAACGGAAACGGAGUCGGAACCGGCGCCAGUGCCGUCUACGAAUCUCAGCAGGAGAUGACCGAUUUGUAAAUGUCCUUUGUUGAAACGAAUUCGAAUCACAAUCUUAACUUUCUAAUUUUAGAAUUAGCUCUUAACUCUGUUUCUAUUUAUUGCCUUUGGAAAUUUGAUUAAUUUAAAAAAUUAAUUUGUAUUCUUUCAUUUUCUUUACGCAUGUAAAAAAUAGUUGUAAUAAAUAUACAUUAAGUUUAAA